AUGGCCCGCCGUUCACUCGACGCCCACCAUAAUGACCAUGGGUUCGAUAGCGAUGACGAGCAGUCAAUCGCCUCGCUUCCCCCCUUCAGCGCACCACCAAGCACUCGCGGCUCAGAGACUUCCUAUGAUGUCUCCAUGCGCUCGGGCUCCCCAACUCCCUCAGUCAUGUCUGUUACCAGCUCAAUACGCGCCAGCGCGUUCCGUCAAGAAUAUGGUCGCGAACUUAAUAACUACUCGGAAAUCUAUCGUUUGCCUGCCGACGACGAGGAGCUCGACCGGCUUAAUAAACAACACGACAUGUUCAUUGAGAUUAUGGGAAAGUACCCCCCAUGUCUGCCUCAAAUAAUGGAGGACAAUGUUCCUGGGGAGACGAAAGCCAUUCUCGACCUGGGCUGUGGUAGUGGGGCAUGGAUAAUGGAUCGCGCCAGGGAGUUUCCCAACUGUCUUGCCGUUGCUGUCGACCUGGUGCCUAUGCAGUCGCUAACGAUGCCAGACAAUUGUCGGAGUGAGGUGGAUGACAUUAAUCUUGGCCUUGAACAUUUCUACGGCGACUUUAACGUAGUCCAUGCAAGACUUAUCUCCUCCGGUAUCAAGGACUACUUCAACUUGGUUGACCAAAUGGCACAGUGCAUAAGACCAGGCGGGCUGUUGGAUCUCAUGGAAUUCGACUUUUCUGUCUACGAACACCGGCCGGACGGAAACCACCGCCGAUGUGAAGUCGAAACUUCAACAAUUGCGGGUCCUUGGCUCGCACGGUGGAUGGUCUUCGCCAACAUGGCAGCGCGGAAUGCGGGCGGUCAUCCAGAUGCUGCCACUCACCUCAAUCGUUGGGUUUCAGAAAACCCGUUGUUGGAGGAUGUCGUUUACAACGACUACUGGGUUCCUGUUGCCCCGCAUCCGUCAUUCACAAGCUUCCAGCAACGAAUCGGAACUCAGAUGCGGGAGGACAUCCUGGCCUUCUUGAAGUCUGGUCGACCACUACUAUUAGGGAGCGGUGUCCCGGAAUCAACCGUCGACGAACUGCAAACGAACGCUGAGCGUGAACUGCAUAACGCCGCCCUUCCUCAGUAUAUUCGCUGCCAGAGCGUGUAUUGUCGCAAGAAGACGACGUGA